CCUCACCUGCACGCACCUCACUCUGGAUCGGCCUGUUUUAAAGUCUCUAUAAGUCCCAGUUCGGAAUUUUAUAAGCUCAAAUACGGUUAAUAAGUUAUUAUUUUAAUUAUAUACUCGACUUCAGCAUGGGUUCCAAGUCAGAAAACAAAAAUAAGGGAACAUUUCAACCGGAUUCAGAUGUUCACAUCACCUUUGAUGAUCAAAUGAAGAUCAAUAAAUUCGCUAAUUACAAUGCCAAAGUCGAAGAUCUUAAAGAGGAACUGAAAAUAAAGCAAAACGAGCUAAAAAAUUUGGAAGAAGCGGGUGAUGAGAUCGAACUUCUCGAUGACGACAUGCAGAUUCCAUUUCUAAUUGGCGAAGUGUUCAUAUCGCACAAUUUGCCUAGAACACAGGAAUUACUCGCCGAAGUAAAGAAAAAGAAAAAGCAGGAAAUUGAAAACAUUCAAAAGCUGUCAAAGGAAAUUCAGGAAAAAAUGAGUGAGCUGAAAGCACAUCUGUACGGAAGAUUCGGAAGUAACAUUUAUCUUGAAAACGACGAAUAGAUUUUGUACUAGUAACUUUUGUGCUAUUUAUUCUCUUUAUUCAUGUGUGUCGUUUCAAUGGGCUUGUUAAGUCGGUUGCGAAACAAGAACACAAUA